GGAGUUUAUUAGGGAGGUUUUGCCAGGGAGGGAGGCGGGGGGGGUGGAUGGGAGUGAGGGUGGUGAUAACCUGGCGACUGCGUCGGCGGAGGGUGCUCGGGGUGGGUCUCCUGGAAAGACAGCCAUCAGUGCGAAGGAGGGAGGCCAGGACGCCGACGGCGCAAGCGAAGAAGUCAACCCCGUCGAAUGGAUCAUGGUGACUCGCAGCGACCCCGGGGGCAAUAUCCCGCGGUGGAUGGUGGAGAAAGGCACGCCCAAGAGCAUCUGUUCUGAUGCAGCCAAAUUCAUCGACUGGGCUUGUCGGGAGCCCGAUUCCACCGCCGGCGAGAGCACGACAAACAAUAUGCGCAAGACGACUGGUCCGUCCCGGCGUGGCAGCCAGCACACAGCGGGAGUGGAGGGAGCAACCGACGACAGCGAUUCGGACAUGUCGGACCUCGAGGAUGUCGAGCACCACGGGCUGAUCGCCAGCUUCGCGUACUUGCUCAACUCCGGCGUCGAGCGAUAUGCGCCCCAGGCAGUACUGGACUACCUGCCGCAGCACUCACGGCACUCGUCAACCCUAAGUCGUCCCGGCAGCAGCAUCUCACAGCACAGCGACGGAUCCUUCAAGACCCCGUCAGGACAGUCCACUACCGACGUCAACGACACCGCCGCAACAAAAACAGCAGCAGCAGACGUAAAGUCGCAAAUUUCGCAAAGCAAAGCGUCAAGCUCCGCCUCCGCCACCUCCGGCCUCGUCACGCCCAUCCUCGAAGCCGGAGACCACAACAUCCCGCCGGAGGAGCUCAUAAAGACAGAUAAAAAGGGAAAGAUGUCCUCGCACGAAAAGCAGCUCAUCAAGCUCGCGCAGCAGAAACGCGACGUCGAAGGCCAACUAGACCGCGUGCGCUCGGACAUCCAAGCCCUCAACUCCAACGCCGCCGCAGCAGCAACACCACCACCCCGAGACGAAAUCUCCAAAAGAGACAAAGCCUCCACAUCAGCCCUAGUAGCAGCAGGAGGAGACGCACCCAGCAGCGACCAAGCGAGCAGCAGCGCCGCAAGCACAAUCCCCCCGCCCCGACCCCCCUCAACCCAAAGCGAGAGCAAAGGCAAGAAAGACACCAAGUCAAAGAAAAAAGACAAAAAAGACGCCAAUCCAGAAGAGGUGAAGAUCAAAAAGGUCGCGCCAAAGCUCUUCCACGACGAAUCGAAGUUGCUGAAGCAGCUGGGCAAGAUCGAGAAGAGCCAGGCGAAAGAGGCGUCUAAGAUUGAGGCCCGGAUGAAGAAAGACGCUGCUAAUGAGGAGAAGUCGCGCUCGCGCACGGAGCACGAUUACCUGCGUCAUGAGAAUGAACAUUUAAGGAAGGAGAUUGAGCGAUUGCGGGGGGAGAGGAAGCAGUGGUUAGAUUUGAUUGGGACGUUGCAGGAUGAUAAUAAGGAGCUGGCGAAGCGGUGUUCUGGGGAGAAGGCUCGGGAUUGAUUGAUGGUUGGGUUGGUUUAUUAUGUUCUGUUUCAUAUUUUUUUGGGAAGUGUAUACGAUUUACGGUGGAUAGUAUCUUGUAUAAAUUUGCAUACUGAGAUUUUGUAUUUAUUAUGAUCAGAUGCGUGGAUAUAAUUUGAGUAUUUGAGACAUAAA